AUGGUUUUGAUCCAUGUCACAGCUAUGGUCAUUCGGUUCCCCGCUAUUGACUUCUUCGGGAUUGGUUGCUUCGCUGUUGUGACACCAUCGGGGGAUGGAGAUUGUGUCGGCAUCGCUCUUUUUCUGGUUGUCUCUUUUAGGGAUGAGCGUCUCCGUGUAUGCGGCCAAUUCCGCAAUCGUGGCAUACUUAUUGUGCCAACAUUUGUCGAUGAUAUCGUCAAUUAG